AUGCCACGGACAUUAGCCCAACAUGUGUUCAGGCGACUCCAACAACUUAAUUGCCACACUAUACACGGGGUGCCCGGAGACUUCUUCCUGCGUACACUGGAUCAUGUUACGACGUCGAGGUCAAAGUGGAUAGGAAACGCCAACGAGCUAUGCGCCGGCUACGCUGCAGACGGAUACGCCAGAACUGUCAGCCAACUCGCCCGCCAUCGAUCCAAGGACAUGGAUCCAAGCCCCAUGAUAGGUGCUUUCAUGACUACUUACGGCGUCGGAGAGCUCUCGGCAAUCAACGCUGUUGCAGGCUCUCAAGCGGAAAGCGUCCCUGUCGUGCAACUCGUCGGGACACCCAGCUCAAAGCCCAUGAGACAGCAAGACCCCUCCAGACUCGUACACCAUACGAUACCAGGAAGAGGCAUGGAUGUCUAUAGCGAGAUGGUCGACCAUGUCGUCUGCAAGCAAGCUCAUCUGAGGCUUGCCAAAAAUGCCAACGACGCUGCUGAAAUGUAUGACGAUGCCUUGCAAACGGCCAUUCAGCGCUCGAAGCCGGUCUAUGUAACGUUGGCUAGCGAUAUGGUGGACUUGCCUGUAUCAACAGAGCUGCUCGACGAUCCAAUCCAGGUCUCUCGUAAAACUUUGGACGCUGGCCUGGUCCAAGACAUCAUCAAGAGAUUGGCGCAAGCAGCGAGGCCGCUCAUCAUUGCUGAUGCUUUAUCGUACCCUUUCGGACUCCAGGCUGGGGUCAACGAGCUUGUCAGAUUGACCAAUAUCCCGGCAAUGAGCUACACGUCUGGAAAGGGUAUCAUCGAUGAACUUCUGCCAUCGUGGAGCCCGGACAUGCCAAAUACCACGGAAUACAGCCGCAACUGUGACAUGGUUCUUGUCUUUGGGCCUCUGCCCAGUGAUACCAAUACCUCAAGAUGGUCAGCUAUACCGCAAACUGAGAAUGUGAUAUCGUUCAAUCUGGACUCGGUUGAGCUGUCGACUAUGGAAGGGAGAAGUAUGGUCGAGUCGAGCGGCAGAGAAGCCCUCGCGCAGCUGGUGGCUACACUUAGGUCGGAUAUUGAGCUGCUCAAGCGGGUUCGGAAUGAAGCGGUCGAGAACAACAAGACGAUACCGCAGAAGCGACAGCCUCCUUCUCCCGCUCAAUCAACCACCCAGGAUGACUUCUGGCCAACAAUGUCCACCUACCUCAAACCAGAAGACACGCUGCUCUUUGCUAACGGCACUCCACUGAUCGGAGGUAGGGCCCUUCAGUUGCCGGAGAGCUGUCAGGUCGUGGCCAGCCCAAUUUGGAAUGCCAUUGGAAGCAUGCUGCCAACCGCCCAAGGCAUCGCAGCUGCAAAACGUGAUCACCAGCUGCCAGGCCGGACUAUCUUGUUCGAAGGCGAUGGGAGUUUUCAGGUCACAUGUCAGUCUCUCUCGGAUAUUAUCAGGUAUCAUCUGGAUGUCACGAUCUUCAUCGUCAAUAAUGCUGGGUACACGUACGAGCGGUACUUGAAUGGAAUGCAAGCUGAAUACAAUGAUGUGCCGGCCUGGAGAUACGUCGACGCCGCAAGCUUCUUUGGUGCGAAGAGCAACGAUCCUAGCUAUCCUGUGUUUACGAAGCGACUAGAGACUUGGGGAGAGCUUCUUGAAGUAUUUGCUGAUGAGAAGGCGAACGACGGGAAAGGUCUAAAGAUCUUCGACGUUGUGAUGGACCCGCAAGAUGUUCCUGAGGCUGCGAAGGCUGGGCUUCGGCGGGCGAGUGAGGCGUUGAAACAAAUGCGUGGACGCUGA